UGAAAGCCAACCUCUCACAACACAACUAUAAGAAAGCAUUGCCUUACUGUAACUAGACACAAAAGAAAAAGGGCCAUUCAAAUAUCCAACAGAAUACUUUAGGGAAUAUGGCAUCCAGUCCGCCCAUUGCCACUGUUUACGUGCGCAACCUAGAAGAGCGCGUGAAGCCCGAGGCACUGAAAGAAGCCCUUACUACCGUGUUCUCCGAGUAUGGGAACAUUAUCGACAUCGUCGCUAAGACGAACCUGAAGGCGAAGGGCCAGGCCUUCAUCGUCUUCGACAAGCCUGAGUCAGCCCACCAAGCCAUAUUAGAGGUCCAAGGCUUCGAGCUUUUCGAUAAACCCAUGCAGCUUGCUCUCGCCCGUACGCGCAGCGACGCGACCGUCUCCAGCACAGGAAAUAAGGAAGAGUUCGAGCUGCAUCAGCGAAGGCGGCUCGCUGAAAAGGACAAGAGAAAGGCAGCCGAAGCGGCGGAAGACCAGAAGCGGCUCAAGCGCCCUGGCGCCGUCGCCCCAUCCGCCGAAGCCAAUCGCCCCGCGAAGACGGCACGCGGCACAGGUCUCAAGCCGACCGGCGGUGCAGCGGCCAACGCUGUCGUGCCAGACGAGUACCUACCCCCGAACAAGAUCCUCUUCGUGCAGAACCUACCCGACGACUACGACAUCGAAGCUCUCACUGGUAUCUUCGGCCGCUUCGAGGGCUUUAGGGAAGUGCGUCUCGUGCCUGGUCGCAAGGGUAUUGCUUUCAUCGAGUACGAGGCCGAGGCUGGCGCUAUCACCGCCAAGGAGAACACGGCGGGCAUGGCGGUCGGCGAUAGCAAUAAGUUCAUCAAGGUCACUUACCAACGCCAGUAACGUACCUAUGUCGUCGCGUGUAAGACUAUCAGCGCUUUCAUGUUUAUGGGUGGGCAUGGCGAGCUUGUAUAGGCAAUUAUGCCUCAUCCAAAGCAAUUAUGAAGAGCUUGAGCAAGCUCUUCGAACGGGAAUUGAUACCAUGGUUAUGAUUUGAGAUCGAUAGAGACUGUCAUGGCCUUGUAUGGGGCUUGGUGAUACAAAUGGGCCUUCAUUAUAUCUCAAUGCUCAGUACGUGUAGCCGCAGUACUUACAUCUUAAAUAUUGUCAAGUCAACUGUAAAUUUUAUCGGGUUAACAUGGCCAGGGAGAGACAAGUGGCUAUAUAAAAUAGAUAAAUAUAAAACCCAUACGCCAUAUCUCUUCAGACAUAUAUAUAUU